CCGGGAUCCCGGUCGAGAUGGAGGAAGAUGCGGGCGGGGGCCGGCGGUCGCCGGGCAUGGAGGCUAGAGUGGGAGCUGUGGCCUAGAGGUCCGGGCUCGGAGUUCGCCUCAGUCGCGGCGGAACCUCCCUGAUCGGAGGAGAUCCAUUCCCCAGAUGGAUGCUGUUGUCUUCGGGAACAGACUGUGUGUUUUUUGAAGGCAGAGUCUGUAUCUUCCCUGUCACUUGAAUCUCCCCUCAUUAUAGAGGACAGAGGUUAUGAUUUCUGUGCUUAGGGGUGAGAAGGGCCAGGCAUGUCCUCUGCCCUGUGGUUCUCAAGACUUCAGGGAAACCACUUAGCUCUCUGCUGGUUCUUUCCUUUUUCUCUAGAGUGAGUUAUCAAAUAACCAAAGAGGACUCUGACCUUUGGCUUGUCCCUAACUUUCUAACUCCUUUCACUGGAGGGAGGGGAGGGAGGGGGUGCCACGUUUUCUUCUAAUACAGACUGGAGGAAAGAAAAGUGUAGUGAGUGUGAGCCAGGGGAGUUCAGAGGGGCCAGCACGGGGAAACCAGAAGCAAAGUAAGGUAAGUCAGUUUGUAUAUGGUGCCGAAAGAGGCACCCUGCUGAGGGUCAGAGGUCAAGGCCAUGCCUCCUCAGUGGGCCCAGGAGCAUCCCAAAUGGAGCACUUACUUCCCUUCCGCAUUAGGAUCCUGCUAAGCAUCACUUAGUGACAUCCCUUAGUCCCACUUGGAGGACCGCCUGGCAGGAUGCACGGCCCUCAAGCGGGACCAAAGCCAGAGCAACACAGUGUCCUGAGCUCUGCCUGGGUCUCCAGGCGCCAUGGAGGACAAGCGCAACAUCCAGAUCAUCGAGUGGGAACACUUGGACAAGAAGAAGUUUUACGUGUUUGGUGUAGCAAUGACGAUGAUGAUCCGUGUCAGCGUCUACCCGUUUACCCUCAUCCGCACCCGGCUGCAGGUCCAGAAAGGCAAGAGCCUCUACCACGGGACUUUUGAUGCCUUCAUCAAAAUCCUGCGAGCAGACGGCGUGACUGGCCUCUACCGGGGGUUCCUGGUCAACACCUUCACCCUCAUCUCUGGCCAGUGCUACGUCACCACGUAUGAGCUCACCCGGAAGUUUGUCGCUGACUACAGCCAGAGCAACACAGUCAAGUCGCUGGUGGCCGGUGGCUCGGCCUCCCUCGUGGCCCAGAGCAUCACAGUGCCAAUUGAUGUGGUGUCCCAGCACCUGAUGAUGCAGCGCAAGGGCGAGAGAAUGGGCCGCUUCCAAGUGCGAGGGAGCCCCGAGGGACGAGGGAUAGUAGCCUUUGGCCAAACCAAGGACAUCAUCAGGCAGAUCCUGCGGGCUGACGGGCUCCGAGGCUUUUACCGAGGCUACGUGGCUUCACUGCUUACCUACAUCCCAAAUAGUGCUGUCUGGUGGCCCUUCUAUCACUUCUAUGCAGAACAGCUCUCAUACCUCUGUCCUAAGGAGUGCCCACACAUUGUCUUUCAAGCUGUGUCGGGGCCCCUGGCUGCGGCCACCGCUUCCAUCCUCACCAAUCCCAUGGACGUCAUCCGCACCCGCGUGCAGGUUGAAGGCAAGAGCUCCAUCAUCCUGACCUUCAGACAGCUGAUGGCAGAAGAGGGGCCUUGGGGCCUCAUGAAAGGCCUCUCGGCCAGAAUCAUCUCAGCCACGCCCUCCACCAUUGUCAUUGUGGUGGGUUACGAGAGCCUCAAGAAACUCAGCCUCCGACCUGAGCUGGUGGACUCAAGACACUGGUCUCACAGCGGCAAUCUCCGAGUCGUGGAGCCACUGGGCUUUCUCAUCUCUUCGUCCCAGUCACGGGCCUCCCGAGGGGCUCCUGGGAGCCAGUAAGGAGCGGGGCAGGAGCUCACCCGCAGCAGGGCCGCUGCACUUACCAGCCCGACACUGCCCAGCUGCUCUGGGGGCCGCCCGGCACUCGUGCCCCAUGCCCGGCCGCCACCAAGCCGCCACCAAGCCUGCGAUGCGGGGUGCGGCGCCCCGGGGCAGAAGGCCGGUCGGAGCCUGCACUCGAACCGCACACGUGAGGCUGGAUGAGCCUCCCCACGUCUCAUCGGUCCCGUCCCUGGGAAAGGCCACGGGGCCAACCUGAAAGGUGCUAGCUACCUGAGGCCUUGACACUGCUUCCGGCUGCCCCCCCCCCCCCCCCCCCCCCCCCCCGCCUUCUGUCGCCCUGGCCACAUCGGAGCCAACCCUGCUGCUCCACCUCCGCCGCCGCCGCCCGUCUGGGCCUCGAGGCUUCGAAGGUUAACCCCCUCCACCUACCUUCGGUUUUGCGUCCCCUCUCCUCCUCCGUCAGGUGUCCCCCGGUGUCCGUCCACUGCACAGGUGACUCUGAACCUCCUGCCCCUCCGUCGCCCGCCCGCCCCCGGAGCCACCGGGAUAGAGGCCAGGCCCUGCGCUCUCCCCGCGCCUCAGUCCCACCCCUCCCCGCAGAGGCCCGUCCGCGGCCCACCGCACGCCGGCCACGCAGGCCGAG